CCAAACUCUGCAAUAAAAUAAAGCUAACAAGAACUCCAAUACAGAAUACUUCAUCUUUCAGAAAGCGAAACCUCUUCUGUUUAUAAUUAUCCCCUUUUUCAUUUUCAAUGUUUAUCCAACAACACUGAAACCACUCCUCCCUUUUCCUCUUUCUCAUGAACCUUAAUCCACACUCCGAUUCCAACAUUCGUAGUUUACAUGUGUCUAACACAACCACCUACCCUCUUCUCGCUCUUUCUUCAAAUGAGUUAGUUUUUAGUUCACAAUCCCCCUUUUCCCCUUUCUCCGUGAUCGGUACUCGGUUUGUUUGAAAAAUUCAUCACAAUUUCAACUUUUCAAGCCACGCCAUUUGCCAAAGUUGAGAUUUUUCGGGGGGCAUUUGAAGGUGGAUCUCUUUGGAUUUUGGUUACUGCUACUUGUUCGGUUUCAGUGGAUGCUAGAACUUUUAGGAAAGCUGGGAUAUUGAAGUAUCUUGUUUGUUUCUUUCAACCUGAUAAAGCAGUAGGAAGGAAAAAAGAUGGCUGUAGCUAGCAAAACAAGAAAUAUGCUUGAAGGUUUGGUAAAAGAGGGAUCAUUUAAAUGGCUUCUAGGGAAGAAGAGCUACUUUGAUGAAGAGCUUGAGGAGUUGGAAAAUUCACCUUCUGCUGGGAAGAAUUACAUACCAGAGCUCUCUCCAGUCGCAAACCUAGUUGUUCGUAGAUGUUCAAAAAUACUUAAGGUUUCUUCAAGUGAGCUUCAAGAGAGCUUUAAUCAAGAGGCUUCUGAUUCUAUAAAACAUCCAUCACGAUAUGCGAGGAACUUAUUGGAAUAUUGCUGUUUCAAGGCACUUUCCUUUUCAACACAAAUGACUGGCCAUCUGUUUGAUAAAACAUUCCGACGCUUGACAUUUGACAUGAUGAUAGCUUGGGAGGCCCCGGCUACAGCCAGCCAACCGUUAACCAAUAAGGUCGAGGAGGAAAUGUCUGUUGGUUUAGAAGCUUUCUGUCGAAUAGCUCCUGCAAUUCCUAUAAUUGCCAACGUCAUCAUUAGUGAAAAUCUUUUUGAGGUGCUGAGUUCAUCAACUGGUGGUCGCCUUCAGUUUCCCAUUUAUGACAAGUACCUUGGCGGCCUAGAAAGAGCAAUAAGAAAAAUGAAGAGCAAUUCAGAGUCAUCUCUCCUUUCUGCUAUAAGAUCCUCUAGAGGUGAGAAGAUUCUCGAGAUUGAUGGAACUGUCACCACACAGCCAGUGCUUGAGCACGUGGGAGUAUCUGCCUGGCCUGGAAGAUUAAUUCUCACAGAUCAUGCACUCUAUUUUGAAGCACUUCGUGUUGUUUCAUUUGACAAACCAAAAGUAUAUGACUUAUCGGAUGAUCUGAAACAAGUUGUUAAACCUGAGUUGACUGGACCAUGGGGUACUCGGCUUUUCGACAAAGCAGUCUUCUAUAGCUCAGCAUCCUUAUCGGAACCAGUUGUACUAGAAUUUCCAGAGCUUAAAGGUCAUGCUCGUCGUGAUUAUUGGCUUGCUAUCAUCCGAGAGAUUCUUAAUGUUCACAAAUUCAUUAGCAACUAUAGGAUCAAAGGGACUGCACGAGAUGAAGCACUUUGGAAGGCUGUUCUAGGAGUUUUGCGUCUACAAGCAAUCCAAGAUAUCGGUUCUGUGACCCCUAUACAGCAUGAUGCUCUUCUCUUGUUCAACUUUUGUGAUCAGCUUCCAGGUGGUGACUUGAUAUUAGAAACCCUAGCAAAUACGUCAAACCUAAAGGAGUCAGAUCGCCAGAAUGGUUUCAAGGCUGUAAGUGGAAUGUAUUCCGUCUCAGCCUUGGACAUGGUUUCUAACUUGGGGUUUGUGUUUGGAUCAAGCCCAAACAGCUCAAAUGAAAACACAAUAUCUGUUGGUGAAAUAUCAGUUGGAGCAUUGACUCCAUUGGAAAUAGCAGUUAAAGAGUCUAAGAACAACUAUAAGAAGGUUGUAUCUGCACAAGCUACAGUCGAUGGUGUUAAAGUUGAUGGUAUUGACACUAAUUUGGCUGUCAUGAAGGAAUUACUUUUUCCUCUUAAUGAACUUGGGAAGUCUCUUCUAUCUUUGGCAUAUUGGGAUGAUCCAUUGAAGUCUACUGGGUUUUGUUUGUUCUUCAGUUACAUGAUCUUCAGGGGUUGGCUUGGGUAUGCAGUGGCAUUAGUGCUUCUGUUACUCUCAGCAUUCAUGUUAAUCACCCGAUAUUUUAGUGAUGGUAGGCCUGCCGAAGUCAAAGUAAUAGCCCCGCCACCAAUGAAUACCAUGGAGCAGCUUUUGGCUGUUCAGAAUGCCGUCACUCAAGUCGAACAGCUUGUACAAGAUGGCAAUAUAAUUCUGCUCAAAUUCCGCGGCUUGUUGCUUUCAAUUUUUCCUCAGGCCACAGAGAAGUUGGCAUUUUCUCUUCUAUCAGCAGCAUUGAUUCUUGCUCUCUUACCCUGUAAAUACUUAGUUCUGCUAGUUUUCUUGGAGAUAUCUACAAGGUAUUCACCUCUAAGGAAAGCUAGCACAGAGAGAUGGAUGAGGAGGUUAAGGGAAUGGUGGUUUAGCAUACCGGCAGCACCUGUUACACUUGAGAGAGAUAAAGAGGAAAAGAAAAAGAAGUGAUGUUGGUGAAUCUGUUGUGAAAUUAUGUACAUAUUUAUGUUGAAUAAUGUUUUUUUUUCUCAUAUACAGAGGUUUUAGGUGUAAAAUUCAAGGAUGGAGUCAAUGGAAUUAGAAAAGCACAUGAAUCAAUAAGCUACUGCUAACGACGUUAUUUUGACAAAUUCUAAUCAUAAAAAUCAAUUCGAUAUCCACUAAAAGAUAUGAUUAGUUUGACAAAA